AAGAGAGGCAUCGCCCUAGAUAACGGUAGAAACGCGCAGUGGUGUCGCGUUGUCUCUUCUCGCGAGAGUGCGAAAAUCGAGCGGCGGGGAUCACAGGAAAGCAGAAGAAGGCGGCGGCAGAGAGGCGCGUCCGUCCGCGUAAUAGCGUCGUCCUCGUCGUCGUCGUCGUCUUCGAGACGUCGUCCCUGUGAAUCGCGAGUGAGUUGAUCGAUCGAUCGGUUCGCACCAGUGCCGAUAUCGGCGCCGAGACACGAAAGCAAAAACGAGCGACGACAGGAGAAGAGAGAAGAGAAGUGAAGAGAAGAGGAGAAGCCCCCCGGUGUAACUACGUACGUUGACGACGUGCGGCGCGCGACUCCAAUUCGUUCGGCCAGUGCGGGUAUUAAUCGGAUCGCGACACUCUCGUAUCUCUCGACCGGUCGUUUGGUUGGUUGGUUAGUUGGGUGGCUAGCUGAGUAGCCGCCUCCGACUUGUCGGUUUGGUCCCGAGAGCGUUCAUAGCGAGAGCGAACGGACAUAUCAGCGUGCAGACAGCGGCUUUCAUUCUACACGCGGAUCCCCAUGAACUCGUGACAGUGUGGCGACGGAGGAGCGAAGCCAGAGCGUCGAGUGGUAUUGAGUUGUAGAGCGAGCCGGGUCUUCAGGUAGUAACGCGCGGUUAAUCUCCGGGAAAUCUUAGCGGAGAAGACGAAGAAGAGGCGGACGAAAGGCGAUACGAGAGAAGAGGAAACGAACAGCGCGCGCGUGUGAGACGGAGACAACGAAGGCGUGAAAGAGAAAGAGAGAGGGAUAUAGAAGAAGAGAGAGAGUAAGACACAGGGAGUAAGAGACUGCGUGCUUGUGUGUAUGUGUGUGGUGCGCGCCCGAGAGCUGCCGAGCCGACUUGCGCGAGCGACAGACACGGAAAAAGAGAGAAGAAAAGAGAGAGAAAGAACGAGAGCGAGAGGACGAGAAGAACAGCGGCAGAGAGGAAGCAGAAAUAUUGAGUAAACCCGGGAGAUAUUGUGUUCCGCGAACGAAGAAGCGUGGGGCUUUCAGGAGGCACGAAAGAGGAGAUCCAUUUCACUGAGAGCAAAUCGAAGCAAAACGUGGCGGAUUCGGUGACCUCUCGACUGUGACCAGGCGCACAGGCAGUAGAUAGGGCAAGGAAAUGCGUGAAUAUAAAAUAGUUGUGCUGGGCAGUGGAGGUGUAGGCAAGUCCGCCCUCACUGUCCAGUUUGUGCAAGAAAUCUUCGUAGAGAAGUACGAUCCAACGAUCGAGGACAGUUACCGCAAGCAAGUCGAGGUCGACGGCCAACAAUGUAUGUUAGAAAUCCUAGACACAGCCGGCACAGAACAAUUCACAGCCAUGAGGGACCUUUAUAUGAAAAAUGGACAGGGCUUCGUAUUAGUAUAUUCGAUAACAGCACAAUCGACCUUCAACGAUCUACAGGAUCUCAGGGAGCAAAUCCUCCGGGUAAAGGACACAGAUGAUGUACCGAUGGUACUAGUAGGCAAUAAGUGCGACCUGGAGGACGAAAGGGUAGUAGGAAAGGAUCAGGGUGUCAACCUUGCCCGGCAAUUCAAUUGCGUGUUUAUGGAAACUUCUGCCAAAGCUAAAAUUAAUGUUCGCGAUAUUUUCUACGAUCUGGUGCGACAAAUAAACAAGAAGUCGCCAGAGAAGAAGAUGAAGCAGAAAAAGAAAUCGCUGUGCCUACUUCUGUAAGGUAGAUAUGGCAAAGCCCAUACUCUCCUACAUGAAAAUCUGAAGAUACCAGUGGAAAAAAAAUAAACAAGAAAAACAAGAUCGAGGCGGAUAUAAAAUAAGAAAAAAAAAGAUACUAAUGACAAUGAGGAGGGGGGCUGACGGAAUACUAAAGCGACGGUAAACGGCAGGUCUGUGUGACACCGAUGGUUAUAGCAAGCCGGACGAUAGGGAGGGGGGAGGGGAAGCACGAGGGCACAAGGCAACGCAGCGGAGCAAAGAACGAAGAUACGGUUACGGUGCGGAAAGAGAGACACAGCGCGAAGCGGAAGGCAGGAAAUAUUGUAUAUACGUUGGUCCCGGGGUAGCUCGUGUGCAUGCGCAAGCAACACGCGCAUAAAAUAGUACGAGACCCCGUGGCAUCGGUUAUCACUGUAGGAGUUUUGCAUGAGCGAAUUAAGAAAAAAAAAUGAUUAACUAAUAUUAUAUAUUUAGGAGAAAGGAAAGAAAGAGAAAAAAGAAAAACAUAAACAGGAAAGAAACGUUCGGACGUGCGCGUGCGCAGGCCACCAGCCCCCAUGCAUCGCUCGCCGCGCACCUCUCUCUCUUAUAUAAUAUAAUUAUACAUAGAUGAUACACAUGAACAUGAUUAUUACUAUUAUUAUUAUUAAUAUUAUUAAUUAUUAUUAUUAAUUAUUAUCGGAUCAUCAAAAUAUUCAUAAGUUAUCAAACUGUUUGUUUCUCAAACAAAGUAUGUUUUUCUAUAUCUCUCCGUAUUAAAGCAAAUAAUAAAAAAGAUCAGUGAAUGUUAA